CUUUAGUUAAUUCUCUUUUGUACUAUUAUUAUUAUAUUAUGCCUGGUGUGAUGGACAUUAAACAUUUGUUAUGCAACCCUUGUGAUCCUUAUUCUUCUCUAUUAGAAAAGAAGCAACAAGGACAUUUACAGAUCAAUACUAAUAUACUCUAUGAAGAAGUUGAAUUUUACAGACAUAGUCGCUCAAACAGUACUCAAAGUAUCAGCAGCUGUAGCAGCAGUGGUCAAAGUAGUAUUCAUCAUUCUCCUACUCCAUCCCCAACUAUCAAGACUCGUCGCCGUGUAAAUAGUGAAAUGUGCAGACGUUCAGUAGCGAAUGGCGACUACAUUGUAUCGCCUCCGCCACCACCACAACAUAUUACUUCCCGACGUUCCAGAUCUAAUUCAGCAAGCUAUAUUCAGACUCGAACUCCUUGGACACCAGAGGAGGAUGCGUUAUUACAAAAAGGUUAUGAACAAGGGCUAUCUUGGGCAAUGAUCUCUUGCACCUACUUGCCUCAUCGUUCUCGAGGUUGUUGUUGGGGUAGAUUCAAAACCUUGCAAAGUAAAAAUGUAAUCGAAGUCUACCAGCAAAGAAUAUGUCAAAGACCUUGGAAAAUUACCAGCCCAAGAGGCGAUAAAAAAAAAGUAUAAUACUGUAACAAACAAAUCUAACAAAAAAGAAAAAAAAAAAUAUGUAAAACAACCACAUACAAAAAAAAAAAAAAAAAAAAAAAAAAAAGAAAAAAAAAAGCACAUAAUAUUCUUUAAUUCAUCCUUUUUUUUUUUAUGCUUAUAACACACUCAUUCCCUAUUUAUUUAUUUUAUUAUACUCGUAUACCUCUUCUUAUGUACUACUUUAUGCACCCUUAUUUCUCUCUAUAACAAACUGUCGCUACUAUGUAUACCUUGUUUAUAUAUAUACACAAUCAUAUUCUUAUGCAAAAAAAGCACCCUUUCUUUAAUACCCAUGAUUAUCUCUCACCUUUAGUAAAUUAUUAUAUUAUUGCUUCCAACGUCUUUUUAAUGUUCGCUGGGUUCUAUUAUAACGUGUACGUGGCGUACGAGGGGUUAAAACACAAUCGGCAAAGGAGUGUAAAUUGUCAUUAGCAACUGUGCCUUUUUUAAC